AUAGCCUACUUGAGGGAGGCUGGCGAGCGCAGUGGAGGAGUGAGGAGAAUGAGUAAUUUUUUUUUUCGCUUCUAAAGGGGGUCUCCUUCUCUAUAUAAGGCACUCUUAAGGCGCUCACAAGUUACAAAGUUCCUAUGCGCCUCAGGAACCACCGCCAAGCAGCAAAACCAGCUCAGCAGCAGCCAGAGCCGCUCACAAGGGAAUAUACCUCCGCAGAGGAACGCUUGCUCCCCGAAAUACCCCAGCAGCUGGACACUUGCAGGGCACAGUCACAGGUUGUUUCAGGAGCAGCAUUCACACUCCUGUCAACAACAUUCUGAGGAGAAAAUUCCUACCCAGAGAUCCAGACAGCCAACGUGUUGGGAUGGUCGCCGCUGCCAUGUCCUGGCUCUCUGUCCUCUCUCUCUCCCUGUCCCUGUUGCUGCUGGGUGCCAGAGACUCAGCUGCCCUCUUCCUGCCAGACUCCGAGGAGCUCAGGCAGCUUCUCAGCCGCUACGAGAGGGAGGCGGGUCAGAACAGCAACGAAACAGCCGGCAACACAAUAGCCGGCAGCAGGACCCGUCGAGCCAUCCGUUGGUCGGACCGCGAGGAGAUCAUCCAGCUGCACAAUAAACUGAGGGGAGAAGUCUACCCCACCUCCUCCAACAUGGAGUACAUGAUAUGGGAUGAGGAGUUGGAGCUGUCGGCCACCCAGUGGGCAGAGCAGUGUCAGUGGGACCAUGGACCUCAGGAUCUGCUCAUGUCCAUUGGACAGAACCUGGCAGUCCACUGGGGCAGAUACCGCUCCCCUGCCUACCAUGUCCAGGCUUGGUAUGAUGAGGUGAAAGACUACACCUAUCCCUAUGCUCAUGAGUGCAACCCCUGGUGUCCAGACCGCUGCUCAGGGCCCAUGUGCACCCAUUAUACCCAGAUGGUCUGGGCGACCACUAACCGCGUGGGCUGUGCCGUGCACGUGUGUCCAAGGAUGAAUGUGUGGGGGGACGUAUGGGAGAAUGCCAUUUACCUCGUGUGCAACUAUUCCCCAAAGGGCAACUGGAUCGGUGAGGCGCCCUACCAGCAUGGCCACCCUUGCUCCCAGUGCCCUCCAAGCUAUGGUGGAGGAUGCAGGAAUAACCUCUGCUACAAGGACUCUCGGUCAGAGACAGAGGAUAUGAACGAGGUGGAGAAGCCUCAGGUUCCUCUGCCACCUCGCACUACGACCAAGCCAGCCCCGAAACCCAAGCCCUCCGCCCCGAAGAAGCCGGCGUCCAAGCCCUCCACUCCGAAGCCCGCCACUCCCAGAACCUCUUCCCCCAAGACGCCCAGCAACACCUUCCUUGCUCAGAACGUUAAGUGUGAGACAAGAGUGCGAGAUAAGUGCAGAGGAGCGACCUGCAAUAGAUAUAACUGCCCUGCUAACUGCCUGAAUAAGAAAGGGAAGGUGUGGGGAACUCUGUUUUACGAUGUGCAAUCAAGUAUUUGCCGUGCUGCAAUCCAUUUUGGUGUGAUUGAUAACAACGGAGGUUUGGUCGACAUCACAAGGAUGGACAAGUUCCCAUUCUUUGUCAAAUCCACGAAAAAUGGCGUUGAAGCUUUCAGUAAAUUUAAAGCAAGCAAUGCAUUUGUGGUCGCCAAAGUGGAAGAAAUGUCUAUUGACUGCUAUACCACAGUGGCUGAAAUCUGCCCUUUCAAAAAACCAAACAGCAACUGUCCAAGAGUCUCCUGUCCAGCCAAUUGCAAGAAUCAGCCUUCUUACUGGGCUCCUGUGAUUGGGAACAGUGUCUACACAGAUAACUCCAGUAUUUGCAGAGCAGCCAUCCAUGCAGGGGUGAUCAAAGCUGAUGGGGGCUUUGUUGACGUUCUUGCCCUGGACAAGAAGAAGAAUUAUGUUGGAGUCCUGAAAAAUGGCAUCCAGUCUGAAAGCAAGAGCAACACAGAGGGAGCCUCUUUCCGUGUCUUUGCUGUGAGGGGGUGACACUCCAGCUCACGAGUAUGAAGACUAACAGGGUCCCCACAUCUCCUCCUGAGGAGCAGGAAGUGCCCACCGGUUGGAUACCAUGGUUAUGCAUCAGUUUCUAUCUCUGUGCCGUCUGCACCCUGAGGAGCCGCACAGCUUCCCAGAGGACCAAUGGACACUUUCUUCCUCUUAGUUAAUGAACGGUCGCUAUCCAGUAAACGUUGGUGUCCCAACUCAUAAUGGACUUUCAUGUUUCUCUCAGCCUUAACUCCAGAUGUGGAUAUUUUUAGACAUACUUUAUAUGUGAAUACAGAAUGUUUUGAUAUAUUAUGAUGCGUUGAACAGCUGGUGCUGCAUUUGUGUGUUGCUCGGUUUCAAAUUGGACAUGUGUUAUAGAUAUCAUUAUGUUUACAUUGAUGCUCUUAUUACAAAAUCAAAUUAUUGGUCUUAAUACACAGGAAUGUAUACUGAUCACACUGUAUUUAAUCAUGUUGUACAUAAUAUAUAUAUUUUGUUUGUUUUUAAAAUGGAGUUUCAUUUAUUAACACUUCUAUGUUCUAGUCUAAUAAUAUUGUUUAGUCUUCCUCUGCUUAUUUUGCUAUUCUAUGCUUCUCCCUUCUUAAAGAUUUAGACUGUGAAACUAAAUCUAAGUCUAAAUUGUAUUUGUAGAGGAUAGCCCAUGGUAUUUCAGUGCAUGAGUAGGGCUGUUUUGCUGGCUGGAAGGGCCCACUGGUAGGAAAUAGGGUGGUAAAUGGAAGUAAACAGGUGGCAGGCACUAUUGCAGGGACAAUGAUGAGAUGUUUUCCCUUAAAACGGCUGGUAUUGCUUCCAGCGCCAGAUCCAUAGUACACUGUGGAUUUCAAAUUACUGGAUGCAGACAGACCUUCAAAGUGGUGGCAGUUGUGGAUCUAUGCAAUGAUAAUCACCGAAAACAGAUGUUGAAAAUGAUGAGCAGUCAUGUCAUGUUAUAGUUUCCUUUAAUUUACUAAUUUCUUGCGUCUCUGUGUUUGGUUGUUUGAGAUGGAAAUAGAAAAUUUGUCCCCACCUAAGACAGAUGAAUGUGUUGAAAGUUUUUUUUUCCUACAGGGAGUAGGUCCUGUUUUGAAGUCCAUAUGAAUGUGACAAGGAUUCACAUCAGCGAGCUUAAGUUGCAGUUUGCAGUUGCAAAGCGAUGCACUUUGGAUCAAUUCAUAACAGUGCAUGCAGGAGACCUGUGUUGUCUAUCACUAUACUGGAUUGAGGCACUGUUGCCAUUGGUACAGCCCUCCUUUUAAUACUUUGCUUGAAGCCAUUUUAAAUUCUGAACUUUAGUUUGUUAUGUUUCUUCAGUAUACAUUUGUCUUAAUGUAAUUUUCUGAAACUGCAUGUAAUAUUAGCAUGGUUAAUAUCCGUCUUAACAGCAAAUGGUACUGUAAAGUCAGUAUUCUGCUGGAGGGUUGGGGUGGUGCAAACAUUAUAUUACCAUUAUCCAAAAGCAGGCUUGUUACCUUCCAUUAAGUGGCCUGUGUUGGUUUCUUUGAGGAUACUUUCAGUGCUAACAAAGUGUUUUCAGUGUCGAGACAUGUCCACCAAAAUGUGACAAAUGUCUGGCCAAGAAAAAUAACAGACUAAAAUCUAUCCCUUUAAGCAAACUUCUUCUUUAUCUCUUUUUAUGCUACCUCAAUCCUAUCGCUAUGCUAGUUAUGUAGGUCUGUUCUGUAUGGAACUUCGUAAGGGAGAUGCUAGAGGUUUAAUUUGUACAGUUAUGGAAACUGUAAAUACUAUAUAUUUCUGAAUCUUCCUUUAUGUCGAGAUUAUAAUUAAAAAUGUGUUCAUUUGUUGUGUCAUGUUGUUUUUAUACAGGCAAA